AUGAGUGUGUGUGGUGCUGUCGUCCUGACCGCAGGAAUCCUCAUCGGCCACUUUGGUAUCACCAAGAGCGGCAGCUCGGCGCCGUCCUGGGUGAAGGAUGUGGCGAAGGAUGUGGACGAGAGCCUUAUUGAGAAGUUCAUGUCUGAGGUGGACAACAUCCAGAUCAAGGAAAACCUCAGGGAGUUGACUAAAGUGCCCCACAUGGCCACCACACCUGGAGAUGAGAAAACAGUGCAAUUAAUGCUGAACAGAUGGCAGGACAAGGAAACCGGUCUUGACCAGGCUUGGAGAGAAGAGUACUUGGUCUAUCUGUCCUUCCCUGACCCCAAGAACCCCAACAAGGUCACUGUAGUGAGCCCGACUGAUACUGUGCUGCACACUGCAAGAGAAAAAGAGAAGCUGUAUCCUCCGGAUCAAGAUGAUCCUGACGUGGUUCAGCCAUAUGCUGCAUACUCCCCUGCUGGACACCCAAAGGGGAAACUGGUGUACGCCAACCAGGGGAGACUAAUUGACUACCAAAAGUUGAACGAGACAGUCGACCUUAGAGGAACCAUUGCUAUCACCAGAUAUGGAGGAGAAAGAAGAGCUGUUACUGUUCAAGGGCAUCCACGUGUUAAACUAGCUGGUGUGGAAGGUUUAUGUUGA